CUGGUUGGUAUCCGGUUCCCCUCCUUCCUAUCUAAUUUGGUCAAUCGAAGGAUAACCAGGAAAAUGGCUGGCGCUGUUGGAAAUUCUCUUCUACAUCGAAUUAUUUCUGCUGUUCCUGCACGGGCUAUUCAUGGCCCAUCAGCUGGAGAGCAUUCAGGUGGGUACAAGCUGUGGAAGAAUCUUUCCUUUUUUGUUGCCUUGCCAGCGGUGGGACUCUGCAUGGUGCAUGCUUAUCUCAAGCACCAAGAAGAACAUCACCAUGAACGACCAGAGUUUAUUCCAUAUGAACAUCUACGGAUAAGAAAUAAGAGAUUCCCUUGGGGUGAUGGCAACCAUUCACUGUUCCACAACCCACAUGUAAAUGCUUUGCCUGAUGGAUAUGAAGAGUAGCCAAAAAGGUUUUGUGCCAGUGCAGAUAUCAGAAGAAUUUAGUGUUGUGCAUCAGCUUGUACAAGCAAAACUUAGCUUUGACAGUACAGACUUGUGCACUGCAUUAGUAUGUGUAUGUAUUUUCAUUAUUCCAAUGUUACAUGUGUAAUGGUUGCUGUAGAUAUGAAUAAACAAAACGUAUCUUUCAUGUG